AUGUUAUAAGUUUAAAGAAUUUCAAGGCCAAAAAAAUCAAUUUCAAAAAGCCUUAUUCUUUAAAAUCAACCUGCCCUUGAACCUGAGAGUACACUUAAAGUUAAGGAGCAUUUUUAGCAUUUAAGAUAGAAGCUUAAGGCAAUCCCUUAUAUUACAACUCCUGUGGCAUCUCCAAGAUAAUAAGGAUAACCUCAAUAAAGAAAAAGAAGAGAUAAAAAAGGAAAGAAAUAUAAAUAAGAGAGAGCAAAUUUUUUAUUAGAAGUAUCUAGUAUUAGUUCUUCAAUCACAGAUGAAUCCAUAGAUAAAGAUAUAAAAAGUGAAUUUUUAAUAGCAAGAGAUAAUUUGAAAAAGCUUUGCAAAUAAUCUAAUCAUAAUAAAAAUAAUUCAUCCUUCAUAAAUUCACCAUUAUUUCCUUAAAAUAUAAAAGAAUCUUAAAAAAAUGAUUCCUAACUUUAAACAUUAAAUUAAUUAGAUUAUGAAAGAGUAAAUAUUAAUUUUGUAAAGUCUCUUUAACAUAAUUCAGAUUGUAAAGACAUAUAAGAAUAUUAUGAAGAUGGAAACUUAAAUAUCUUUUUUUAAAGUUAAGACAUGUUAACAUUUUUACGUUAUGAACAUGAAACAUAAGAAAUGAUUUAAAGAUCUAAAAUGUUUUGUUAAAAUUAAAAUUUAUAUGAAGGAUUAUAGAAUGAAAUUGAAAUAUAUGAAUAAAAAUAGGCAAAAAUAAAUCAAGAAAAGGAAGAAUAACAAAGAGAGUUUAUUCAAAGAAUAUUAUUAUAAGAAUAAUAGAAAUAGAAUUUCUUAAAGAAAGCAAAAACAAAGAAAAUAGGAGAGAUUGCUAAUAAAUUUAUUGACCAUCAUCAUUUAGAAUAAAAUAAUGAAUAUUAAUAACAUUAAUCUAUAGAAAAAUUAAGAAGAAUAGAUGAAGAUCAAUAGAAAUGA